AUGUCCGAAACGGAUGUCACAUGCGACUCCAGUCAUGAGAGGGGCCUACAAAAAGACCUAUCUUUGGACCAGCUUUUCGCUGAACUCUCUAAAGAAACCAGGAAGACCUCGGAAGAAAAUCUCGAUGAGUUCUCCAAGAUUCAGAAAGAACUAGAUAAUUUGCCCAAAAUCGAGAGUAACCUAGAAGCUAACAUGGCUGACGCUGAAAAGGAGUCGAAGAAACGUCUGGAUGUUGUGAAUAUCAACGACCCAAUCACUCAUGUCACGAAGGCUGAGAAAAAAGCUAAGGAAGAGGAAGACUCCGGAUCCAAAUGGUUUAACAUGAAAAAGCGAGAAAUGACGCCCGAGUUGAAGAGAGAUUUGUUGAUUUUGAAGAACAGAAGCGCCUUGGAUCCCAAGAGACACUACAAGAAGGAGAAGUGGGAGGUACCCAAGUACUUUCAGACCGGAACCAUCAUCGAGGGAAAUACCGAGUUUUAUUCCGCCAGAUUGUCUAGAAAGAACAGAGGAAUGACCCUUGCAGAGGAGAUCUUGCAUGAUGAUGACACUUCUAAGUACUUCCGUAGAAAGUACUACGAGAUCCAGAAGGAGCGUACCAGCGGAGGCAAGAAACACUACAAGAAGAUCAAAGAAAAGAGACGUGGGUUUUAA